GAUAAAGCAGAGGAAAAAAGAAAAAAAAUAGUUACAAGAUGGCGACCAACAACCGCCUGAACACUGGAAAACAAUAGAGACAGCGCAGUAGGGCAGACUUUGUUUCUUUACCGUUUGCUGUUUCUUUUUCGUGUCGAGUCAAACCGGGGGAUAGUAGUCGGUUGUGUGUACUUAAGACUUUUGAAGCAAAUUUGGAAGUAAGCGAGUUUAUAAUGCUUUGUUUGAGGGCUAGUUAGCAAGCAGGCUAAGCUACAUCCGUAGCUGUAAUGUAACUGUGAGGAUCAGCUGUUAGCCGCACUGCUACUUUAAAAGUUACUUUUACCAGUAAAACUCACUCGUAACUCUCCAAGUUGCUGUUUUGGGGCUGAAUGGAUGUAAUGUAUGCGUUUUUAUCCAUCACUUUCUAACCUUUCGUCGAUAGGUUUUUUAUCUCAAGUACGUCUUUUGUCAAACUUCAACUGUGAAGCGAAAAAAUGGCACAUUUAUUUUUAAUUUGUUGCUAAACGUUUCGCGACAAGAGAGAAAAAUCGAUUUAACGUGUUAUAUGCGCAAAUAUAAACGGGAGGUAAAUAUUUAAGGGUUUGAAGGUGGCAAAAGAGAUACCUUAAGUAAAAGUUUUCAAUCCUCUUAAACUUUUCUCUAAAUUAUUUACGUGUCUAAACAAAUGUAACUUAUAUGAUGAAUACGUGAUUAGUGUUAGUAAACGGUUUCAUUCAUAAAAUUGUAGUUUGUACUUAAUACUACUUGUGUCAGGACUCCCGGCUUGAAUAUACAGUUAUAUAAGAAACAUUGUUCCGUGAUUUUUGAGCGUUCGCGUAAAAGGAAACUUUGAUUGGAGUUUUUGCGUUUCGACUCUUUUCUGAAUAUAAGCGCACACAUCUGAACUAUGUGCCAUUUCUUUUGUUGUAUAAGGAGGCAGAAAGUGCUAAAAAUGGAGGCAGUUGAGCGUGUUUUGUAAAGACGCACACGCACGCAAACACUCGGAAACAGCACGAUCAGUCCUGAGAAUUGUGCUGGUAUCCGGAGGCUCGAGUGAGUUUAUAAACACGCUAUUGUUCUGGAUGAUGGCGGAUUUCGUGGUGCCGCGGCACAGCGCCGUGAUGGAGCGGCUGCGGCGGCGGAUCGAGCUCUUCCGGCGGCAUCACGCCGGCUGUGAGAACCGCUAUGACAGCACGGCCAUGGAGCGGCUGGAGAUGGACAGACAGCAGACGUUCGCGCUGCAUCAGCGCUGCAUGCAGACCAAGGCCAAGCGCUCGAACAAGCACCGGCAGCCGCCAGCGGCGCCGACCGCGGACCCGGCGGGGCAGAGAGGGACGGGCGGCGGGGGUACCAGCGCGGAGCUGGCGGACGGAGGGAGCGGGACGCCCGGGGAGCAGAGCAGAAACAGCACGCUGAUCGCGUUACAGGAGACUGUCAAGAGGAAGUUGGAGAAUGCUGGUUCACCCCUAGGCUGUGACCAGGUCAACGGUUUCACCGAUGGCUACCCGCCCAAUAAGAAAGCCUGUGUUGAGGAUGCAUUGGGAGGUCUUAAUGGGGUCUCAAAUGGUACAGUGCCUCCUCGCUCACCUAUGGACUCCAAACAUAACGUGAGUACCGAUGCCAUGAUGGCCAAUGGGAACCACAGAGCGGUUGGUGCAGAGCACAAUGGGAUGGGUCUAACUGAUAGCGGUGCAUCACAUGGCACGGAGUCUGAUUUUCGCCUGAAAGAAAUGAAGCAGGAGCCGGUGGACGAUAUCUUGCCCUGCAUACUGCCUGGGGGAGGUGGGAAUGGAAACCACAACCUCUUCCCUGACCUCAACCUCAACGAUCAGGACUGGAGUGAGAUUAUGGAGGAGUUCAACCGCUCCGUACCCUACGAGGAAAUCCAGGAGCUCUUCAGUGACAGUUUUGGAGAUCGCAAGGACCCGGAGCUCUCGUCCGCCGGUGCAGCUCAGAGCUUGAUGCCGCCAGAUCUGGUCAGCGUGAAGACUGAAUUUUCCCCCACUAUGGCUCCCUCCGCCUUCGAUCAGGACUCUUGCAACGGUUCACCUCAGUUGAGACCCACCUCGUCUGGGCCUCCGCUUCACACCAACUCCCCUGCAACGGCUCCGGCCACAUCGCCUGUGCAGCAGCAUCCGCAACAGCCGCCCAUUCAGCCCAGCAGAACACAUCCAAAUCACCUGCUGCCCGUCCCACCCAAAGACCUGUCCCCCGCGCAGCAACUGCAGCAGUUAGCAGUUCGUGAGCAGCAGAGGGCGAUAUUACAAAGCCAGCAGCAGCACGUGGUUCAGAAGCCGCCACAGCAAAAACCGCAGCAACAGCAAGCAGCGAAAUUCCACCAGCAGCCCAACCACUCAACGUCUUGGCCCCAAAAUGCUCCCACCCAAAGUCAAAUGGGCGGAACCUUUGGCCUUGAGAAGUCCACCAGCCCUUCUUUGUACCCGCAAGACUUCCCCAACCCCAAGACCCUGCUCAUGCCUAGCAAGGGUUCUCCCAAAGCAGGCGCUCCAGCCGGGUACAUGCAGCCCGGUGGGCACGCCAACAUGUUAAGUCACCCAGCCGCACCCACGGGGCCCCUCAGCCACCCACCCAACCCAGGUGCCCAGGUGGCCAUGUUGAACUACAGUAACACUAAACCCCUGUCCCAUUAUGAGGCUGGAGCACCGGGUGCACCCAGGGGCCCUCCGGCCACACAGAACCAGAACAAACAGAGCCAGGCCAUCCUGAACCUGAUGCGACAACAGCAGAUGCAGAAGCAGAGGCCGGCGAGCAUGAACUUCAGACCAGUACACCACCAGCAUGCUCCGGAUUCGGGGUCCUACCCCUCCACAGCUCAUGUUCCUGGCCAGGGCAACACCAUGACACCACAGCAGAGCAGCAACAGCAUCCCGGCUAACCAUGGUAGCGCGGCCUACAUGAAGCAGCAGCAGCAGCAGAUGCAGUUGUUGAGUCAGCAGAAGCAGUUCCUCCAGAGGCAGAUGAUGGCCGAGCAGGAGAAGCAGCGGCAGCAGCAGGAACAGCAGCUUCAGAGGCAUCUGACCCGUCCACCGCCUCAGUACCAGGACCAACAGAACCCGCAGGCUCAGCAGAACCCAUUCCAGCAGCAGGUCUCUCAGUUCGCUGGUGUGCCGCCCUGCCUGUCCCAGCAGCACUCCUCCGGCUUCAGCGAACACACCAUCUCCGGUGCAUCUCAACCAAUAGGGAAUGUCAACUCUCUCAGUGGCCCCACCCCUGGAACACAACGGAUGUUCUCUCAGACACAAGGCAUGAUGGGAAUGGGGGUGGGACAGAAUACUGGCCCAAGCACUGGUCCCCCUCCAGCCGCCAGUCAAGCAGACAUGAACCUCCCAUCCUGCGCAGGCGGUCUCGACGUGCAACAAGUCCUCUACGGCAACAUGCCCAUGCAUCCUUCCCACCCCAACCAGCAGAGACCGCCAGUGUCCUCCAUGUCUGCCGCUUACCGCCAGAAUGUUCUGGCAGCCCAGCAACAAGCACACUUGAAAAACCAACCCAAUGCUGCUAUGUUGAAACAACAACAGCAGCAGCUGGCCCGUAUGCCCAACAGCAUGCCCAACGCCAUGACUAAUAACAUGGGCUCUGCUAUGCCCACCUCCAUGCCAACCAGUAUCCAGGGUGCCUUGCCCGCACAGGCCCAGUCAUGGCAGCAGCAGCAGCAUCCAGGUCUCCAACCCGGCUCUGCUAACGGAGGCAUGCCAGCAGGUUUCCCCAACUCUGGCUUCCACAUGCAGCCAAGAUUGUCCAAACUUUCCAACAACACCCCGUUUCCCCAGGGUGGCAUGGGGAACAGUGCAGCUGGUAGGACCCUGACAGUAAUGAAUCCUGGACAGAUGUUGCCUAACAUGAACCAGCAGCGGCCCCCUCCUGGCCAGCAGAUGGUCCAGCAGGGGCAGGCGCAAGUGCCGCCUCAAACUCAGCAGGUUCUGCCUGACUUGGGGCCCUUCAGUCAGCCACAGGCCGGACCUAACCGCACCGCAGGACUUCAGUGCAGUCAGGCCUAUCAGAUCAACAGGACAGCCAAUCAGCAGCUCCAGUUUAGCUAUAACGCCCAAUCGGGAGGCAGCUUGUCCGGGUUUCCUGCCGAGACGGACCUAGUGGACUCUCUGUUGAAAAAUCCAUCGACACAAGAGUGGAUGGAUGAUCUAGACGAGCUGUUGGCCAGUCACCAGUGAGUGAUGGCCAUGGGCCAAUAACAGCCAAUGCUGGUGCCUUUGGUAGAGGAGAAAACAUAAACGUCCACUUUCGGAUGUUUUCGGAGAUGGUGAAACUGCUCCUAUCACACUCAGAUCUGCUGUGUUCUCUAUUGAGUAUGUUUAUGGUGUAUAUAAAAGAGGUCAAGUAGAGCACAGAGCCUGUGUCACUGAAGUAUUCUCUGGACUGGAAAUUUCAAAGAGGGAAAUGCUCUACUACUGACCCUGUGGCUCAGUAAAACCACUGAAUUUUCUUAUGAGUGUGAGCUCAAACACUAGUUGAGCCAUUCACACGGUUGUGUUGCCUAUGUGUUCGCUGUAGGCAUGAGGAGGGUCUGUUCAAUGUCAGGAGUGUCUUGAGUCUCUUGACACACUUCCACAGGCCUUAAAUUUGCACUCUUGAAGAUGCACAAUAUGUGAUUUACAGUAAAACAGUCUAAAGCAGUAGUUAACCCAAAAAUGAGCAUUUUUGAAUCAUUUACUAACCAUGUUGGUCCAAACCCAUGUGACUUUGCUUCAUGAGGGAUGUCCAGUCCAGCUCCUGGAGGGUCACCUUCCAGCACAGUUUAGCCCCAACCCAAAUUCAACACCUGAACCAGCUAAUCAAUUCUACAGGAUCACUAGGAAAUAGAGAUGGUCUUUUUAUGGGGAGAUGCCAUUUGACGUUGUCCGUUGGCGUAACGGUCAACGUGGAUCAUGUGUGCCUUGAUAAACACUCACAUCAUAUCCUUGACGUCACUGAAUUGCUGUCAGAGAUGUACGAAGGUCAAUAACAGAUUGUGGAUACCAUAGAAAUUGAGAAGUGCCGUAAACGGAGUCUUCCCCGAUGCAAAACAUUUUCACUGUAAACUCCAAAAAUGAUUACAAAUUCCAAAAUGGCUGUUUAAUGGAAAACAUGUUGAUUCAUAUAGUAAUAAGCUGCUCAUCCCAAAAGCAGUUCAUUCAGAGUACUGAAGCCUCUUCUCCACAGACAUCCAUUCAAAAUCAAAUGUGGACUGUGGCCCUCCAGAGCGAGAUCAGACCUCUGCUUUUAGAGGUUUAUCAGAAAACUGACCCUGUGUGUAUUAUCAUUCUUCAGAUUGUCUCAUUUGUAUGUUCCACUAAAGAUAGUCAUGCGAGUUUGGAACGACAUGAGGGAAUAAAGGAGCACAACUUUAGUUGAACUGUUACUUUAAGUUCCAUAUGUUCAUUGGUUAGUUUCUCAUUGACUAAAUUUAGGAAGUAGAUGCUUUGUGGUUUGUUUAAUCAGACCAUGACCGCUUGAAGGAGUGUAGCUGAGACUAAUAGUGAGGAAGAUGAACUGAUGAACUCUACAGUGCUCCAGUGAAAGUAGAUUGCGUCAUUACACUUUCAUGUUACACUACACAAAGUUGUGUGUUGUUGUGUUUUUUUUCUUCUUCUGAAAAGCCCAGAGCUUCUGUGUUGGUGAGAGGGUUAAUAGUCCUGUUUGUUUUCUCCCUCUGCUGUCUGAUGUUACAUUGAGAGCAGGUCAGGUGCCGGUCUGAACCGCGUUACCUGAACUCUCUCUCCAUCUGAGAUUCUGUGACAGGAUUUCAUGUAUAUUUAUAUAUUUUUUUGUAUGUAUGCCGUUUCUAUUGUUCAGGAGAAGAUAGAUCUUAUUUUUAUAUGUACAUUGAUGCAAAAUUGUGUAAGUAUUUUAUACUUUUUAUUAUUGUUCUCUGUAAAACGAGAGUAUUGUGUAAAUAUAGUUCUCUAGAAACGGCCUUGUUUGGUGUGUUUAUUUAGCGUUUUGGGUGAUUUGUGCAUUAGCAACUUAGUUUUGAUGUAAUGAGGUUCAGGAAAGCUUCAGAUAAUACUCUAAUGCAGGUGAACAUGACACGUUCUGAUAAAUGUAAACCCCCUUUAAAAAGCAUCUCAACACACUAUCCAUGGACAAAAUGAUUGACAAGUCAUGGAAUACAAGGAUGACUGGCUUAAAAAUGAAGGAGGCAAAGGCAACUUUUGUUCAGAAAUUGUAAAAUGAGUUGUUACACCAGAUUUUUCAUGAAACUUUGUGGUAAAAACAAUUAGCAUUAAUUUCUUUCAUGGGGCAGUAUUUUCCAUUUAC